UACUUAAAAAAAAUACUUAAUACAAUAACAUAGGCUGUUGCAAUAUCAACAUUAUGAUUCAAUCGAGACCAUUGUACUUGCAUUAAUAUUAUAUUAUAAGUAUAUAUAUUUUCUAUUGGCAUCCCGCAACAAGACAAUUUAUUGAAUCAUAGUAAUUUACUUUUUUCUUAAUUGAGGCAAAGGGCAAAGGGCGUCAAAACAAGGCUUAACUCUACGAAUCUUUUGUAAAAUAAUUAAUGUAUAUACUAACACUUACAUGCCUAUCAAAAUAUUAUUUUUAAUUAUAAUUAGGUAUUAAUUAAUUUUAAUUUUAUUAUAAAAUUGUAACGGUGAGAAACAAACAUGGAAUUCAACUAAAAAAACUUAAUAUUAAAAGUAUCGACUUUUUAUAUAAAAUCGAUUAUAAAAUGAGCAACGAAAAAUCAUAAAAUGCAGCUAAUGUCAGAAAAACAAUUACGAAACAACAAAAUUUGAUUUAAAUAUCUCAUUAUGUCAUCUGGCUGAACAAAAUUUAAAGUAAAAUCUAUUUCCAUAAUAAAAAAUAGAUAUUACUACCAAUACAAAUCUUUAUUAAAAUUAUAAGAUAAUAUAAUGGAUUCUGUACAAGCUAGAGAUCAGAUAUAUAGAAGUUGACACUUAACAAAGACAAAAUAAACAUUAAAACUGAAGAAAACUAUAAUUUAAUAAUGGACACACGAUUCAUUAAAUUUUAACAUUAAAUAAUCAAAAAUAACUAAUACAGUUAAGAAAACGCAAUAGAAAGAUGAAUAAAAUUCAAUUAAUCAGUAAUUAUCCUAAUUAUAAAAAUCAGAAAAAAAUGCACAAAAUUAAAUAUGUAAAAGACAUUAUACAAGAUUUGGAAAACUAUGGACCAGCUAGUUUAAUACAUAUUGCUAUUUUGAGUAACAUAAUUAAAAGACCCAUUAAUAUAUGGAAUGCUAAUGGUAGUUUAAAUAAGACCAUCGGAAAACAAAAAUUGGGACAAUCUGUAGAUAUUGAAUAUCAUGCAAACAAUUCGGAACAAAUUGGUCACUGGACCCUAAGAGAUAGCAAAGAUCCCGAUAACGUUAUUAUUGAUUUAAACAGCUGCCUGUUUUCGGUGAUCGGUUCUCAAAUCGGGCAAGAUCCAUUAAAACUUCGUAAGUGGACUGUGUUAAAACUAAAGGACAAUUUUCAGAAUUUGGCCAAAUGGUUAGAUAAAAUUCAGUGGAAGGAAAGUGCAGGAGUAUUUUUUAUGAUUGGCGGAGUAAACGGACACGGACCUGAAAGUCCGAGAAAAAGUCCCGGAAAAAAAAGUCCGAGGAAAAGUCCCGGAAAAGAAAGUCCAAAAAAAAGUCCCGAAGAAGAAAGGUACUCAGAAAGAUACCCAAAAUACAGCACAAUAGAAAAAGCUGAAGAUAUUCUGAAUAAUUCAGAAGGCAAAUUAAGCGAAGGUGGUGAUGAGAAAAUCUAUUCGACAAUAGGUCAUUCUAGAACGCAGCAUCUCGUAGGAGGAAGAAAUGGAGGUGUUGAAACUUGGACUAGGAAUAACCCACAUAUAGGAAAAUUUGCUUUUCUGAAGGAAAAAGACCAAAAUUAUGUCACUCAUAGAGCAUUGCUAUCAAAAUCAGGUCAAAAAGCACUACAUAAACUUAACGAUGCCAUUGAAUUUACAGUAUGGAUACCUGUUUCAGAAUUAGUAGAACCAGAUGUCCCAUUUCCUCAAGCAAGCCGGUGGUAUAACGGAAUAGAACUACAUGGUUUAGAAGACAUCAAAUUUGUCAAUAUGCUUUUAAGACAUCAAAAAGAUAAACGAGACAAGAUAGAUGAAGAGCCUCUUAUAGUUUAUAUUUAUCCAAUCACAGGUACAAGACUAAGGUACUUAUCAUCCAACACGGAAAGAGACGCUCAAAGGAUUUUAAAUAAUUCAGAAGGCAAAUUAAGCGCACCUGUUAAAGGUAAAGAAGAUGGAGAUACAAAUCGAGGCCAUUCUAGACAAAGGCAUGUCGUAGAAACAAGAUAUCAAGGUGUCAAAGCUUGGACUAAAGAAAAUCUAUGUGUAUCAAGAUCUGCUUUUCAGACAGAAGAAGAUCAAGACUAUGUCACUCAUAGAGCAUUGCUAUCAGAAAAGGGUCGACAAGCACUAUAUUACCUUUACGAGAACGAUGAAACGGUAUUAAACGUACACGUUAACGACAUGAAAGAACAAGGUGUCUCAUUUCCUAAAGGAUCCCUAUGGCAUAGGGGAAUACAAAUACAUGGUGAAAUAGAUAUCCAAUCUGUCCAAAUGUUUUUAAGACAUCAUGCAGAUAAACGAGAAGAGAAAAAUGCAGAGCCUUUAUUAUUUACUGUUUUCCCGAUGUUUAAAGAUGUAAAACAUAAGAAAUGUUCAGGUGCGGAAUUCAAAAAAGUUAAAAAAAUAAAAGGACUUGAAGAAGGUACUCGUAAAAGGGCUGUUCCAACUACAUCUAAAACUGCAUCUGCAACUACAUCUGAAACUGUUUCUAAAACUCCUAAAUUUGCACUUAAAUCUGCUACUGGAACUAUUCCUAAAACUACUAAAAUUGCUCCUACAACUGCCUCUGCAACUACAUCUAAAUCUCCUUCUAAAACUCCUCCUAAAAGUGCUCUUAAAUCUGCUGCUAAAACUACUUAUAAAAUUACUUCUAAAACUGCUUCUUAAUUAUUCCUAAUACUGCUUUUUAAACUGCUCCUAAAA